UUUACAGUUAGGCUCUCUUUUUCUAUUCCUGCGAGACACGUCAAUUGGAAAUACAAUAAAAGUUUAAAGCAGAUCUCUUAUCUCUUUCAGGAAUAGAUUUGUUUAGUUCGACCACAUAUUGCUAGAUGUCGUUAAAAAUUAACCAUUUUUAAAGGUCACUCUAUCUCAUAUUCAAAUUUUGAAUAUUAUGCGCCAAGCGCAAACAAUCAUCUUGACAACGAUGUUUUAUCAAUCAUCAGUUUAGAAUUUUUCCCUGCAGUAUUAUUUGCUUAUAUACAUUCAUUUUGCUUAUAUACAUUCAUUUUUACAAAUAUGGCAGGCCUUCCUAAGCUGCCAGGGUUUAGCUUCAACGAUCCCACUCUCACCAAGUUCCACCUAUCUCAAACUUUUGAUAUCGUCAAUGGGUAUAAACAACCCAGGACCCAAUAUAUGGGUAUAGGUGGACGAGAAUUGGACUCAAACUCGGUGAAGCACAUCCAUAAAUCGGAUCCAGUUCGCUAUGACCCUUCACUUACCUAUGGUAGAUGCAAAUCCAAGCCUUACCCACCUUUUCGGCCCCAUUUUGCAUUGUAUGAUCAAAAAUGUUUAACUUUUAAAGCAUUUUUCAAACAAUCCGUUGUUGAGUCACCAUUUGAAUUCUACAGGGUGAGGCCUGUGAAUAUUAUUUAUUUUUUGGAGGAUGAUUCUAUUUCGGUUAUGGAGCCUAGAGUUAUAAAUAGUGGUCUUCUACAAGGAAAAAUUGUAAGAAGAGGACAUAUACCCAAGUACGACGAUGGUUCUUUUUGGCACUGGAAAGAUUUACAAGUUGGAAAAGAUUUGGCUUUUUAUGGUACUGUUUACCAUACUGUUGAUUGUGAUCUGUUUACACGGGAAUACAUGGCAAGUCAAGGUAUUGAUAUGGGUGAACCUGAAGAAAUGCCUUACGACCCAUACACUUACCACAGACAACUUCAAGUAAUCCCCAAAGUAACCAAAACACCUCCAGCUGAUGACAAAUUGCGUAGAUUCUUGGAGUUUGAUGGUAAAGUUUUGAAAUUCAAAGCCGCUUGGGAUGACAGGGAGAACGAAUAUGGAGAAUUGAUGAAGUUUGAAAUUUUAUAUUUUUUGGCUGACGAUACUGUUUUGGUGAAGAAUGUGCAGCAGGAGAACAGUGGUAGGGAUCCUUGUGCUGUGUUGUUGAGGAAAACUAAACUUCCAAAGAUCUACACAGAUACUCCAGUUACUUAUCCAGCAAUCUACUUGGAGAAAUCUGACCACGAAGUUACCGAAUACUACCAACCGAGAGAUUUUUUGGUUGGUAACACUAUUUUUGUAUUGGGCCGAGAUAUGCUUUUGUAUGACUGCGACAAAUUUACAAGAGACUAUUACAAAAACGCCCUUUGUAUUGAGCAAAAACCAGCACUGCAGUUAGAAGAAAAGGAAAUACCGACUCCCCCAGUUCAAGUACCUCCUCACGAUGGUUUAGGAAGCUUAGAAGAUUCCUUACAAAACACUUUAACCUUUCUAACGAAAACACCAAAAAAAGAUGUUGCAAAACAACUUAUCAAUGCUAACAAAUUCUUACGUUAUCAAAUGAUUAUGGAUGCAGCUCAUCCUGAAGACACUAUCCGUAAAUUUAUACUCUCAUACUCGCUAGCGGAUGGUACUUGCACGAUCCAGGAGCCACCAAUUAAAAAUUCAGGGAUACUCGGAGGAAAAUAUUUAAGAAGCACACUUCUGGUCAAACCCAACACAGAUCCUUUAAAUCCAGAAUUGUACACUCCAGGAGAUUUCUAUAUUGGUGCCAUAAUAAAUGUUUUCAGUCAAAGAUUUAUCAUAACAGGAGCCGAUUUGUAUGUUUACAGAUAUAUGCAAGAAAACUUUAGCAAAUUUUCUUGUGAAGUAAUAGACAAUAUAAGAAAUUGGAUGUUUAGACAAGGUUACCUUAAGGGUGAUCUUGAUGAUUUGGUAAAGGAUAACUUUGAAUCGAAGAAGGACUUUGAAGAAACCAUAGAUGAACGUAAGCUAACUGAUCUGGAAAAAUGCCUUAGAGAAACUGUAGGUGAUGUGGAAGAUGACAAAGUCAAGCAACAGAAAAUGCUUCAGGAAUAUGAAGAUUCCAUUAAACAUACUUACAAAGUUCCUCCUCAUGGAAUUGUGCCUGUGCAAAUGGAAUGCCCCUAUCCAGUGUAUACUGGAGAACCAAAAGAUCUCACUUGUAAAGAAGAUGUUGAAGGAAAAUACACGUCUUAUACUCCAAAGCACAUAGACACUCCUGAAGAGGUAACAGAAAAGUAUUAUAGAGGCGUGCUCCAAGAGCAACAAGAAGUUUGUGAUGGAAGAUAUCCUAUCCAGUGUACUGAUACCCCUCCCAGAGAAAAAGAACGUGAAGAAAGAAGUGGACCCAUUAUGACAAGUCCGGAGGACAUUCCUCCAGGAUCCUGUAGAAUCAAGAAGAAGAGUGUGAGGUUUGAGGAUCAUUGUACAAAGGAUAGGAAUGAUCUUUGCGAUUUGAAGACAGAGAAAACUCAUUGCGAUUGUACGGACUAUUGUCCGUAAUUUGAAUAGUUUUAUUUUUAUAAUAAAAUAUUUUUCAAAUAAUUGUUUUGUUUUCUAUUAUCAUCAUCAUAACUAUUUGAUACUAGAUGGUUUAAUUAAAUAAAAAAAUCGGAAAAUCUAAUCUUGAGAAAUCCAUGCCAAGAGUCUGCUAGUGUUACUCUCCCUUAGAGGAGUUAUCAAGCCUAACUCCCUUUCUUAUAAUAGUAAACAUUUACUAUUAAAGAACAAUUUUAACAGGAAAAACUCAUUGAGUUAUGUUAGGUAUUUUAUUUAAAAUCUAAUUACUUAAUUAAAUCAAUUACAAAUUAUAUAACUUCUUAUUUUAUUUACCUUUUCGUAAAAUUCUGAUCCAUAUGUCUAGAAGACCGCUGAAUAUUAUUCAAUUUCGACUUGAUUCUUUCUUCGACCGAAGAAUGUUUUGCGCUUUUUAGAAGAGCAUUGUGGAUCAAAUCAGCAUCAAAUUUUUUAGACACGAGUUCUUCUUCCUGUUUAUUAUUCUCCCUAUAUUUUUUAACAGUAUACUCGCGCUCUAUAUCCCGUGAUUUGGCAUUUUGCAUCAUUUCUUUUCUUAGUUUUUCUUUUUCUUGUUCAGUCAUUUUUCUGAUAUUUUUUCUUUCAGUCUUUACAGGCUCCUCAACCUUUUUUGUUGCUGACUUUUUCUCAUAUCUUUCAUUUUUCAAGGCGAUGCUUUUACCAUCUGAUGUCACUAGACCAAAAGAUUUCUUUUUAGGUUUUUCAUCUUCUGAGUCACUAUAUUUGAAUUUCCUAUUUUUUUCCUGAUCCUCACUACUAGUGUCUGAAUCUGAAUCAUUACUUUUUUUGAGAUUUUGGGGUUUCUCUGGAUAAAGUACUUUCUUUUCGGCUUUAGUUUCGAGUUCGCCUCUUAACAACUUUAAUUGAGCCAUUAUUUUUUUUUCUAGUUCAGUUUCGCUGUCAUUCUUCGUCUUACUUGAUUUCUCUUCAUAUUUUGUUGCCUUCUUCGUAGACGUUUCUUCUACUGAACUAUUAUUCCUAUUCUUUCUUAUAUUUUCAUAUUUAACCUCUCUGCUUGCUUUAUAAUUUUCUCUUGAUCUACUCCUGCUUCGUGAACGUCUCCUUGAAGUUGCUUCUCUUCUUUUUUUAUCAUUUCUUAAGCGCUCACUACUUUGUCUCCUUUCUUUUGACCUACUUUCACUGCUAUUUCUUCUCUUGUUAUGGAAUUCCUGUUCUUCACGUUUGCUUGGUCGUCUUUCAUCCCUAUUUUUGCUAAAAGUAUUUUUGGCUUCUUUACUUCCACUGUAUGAUCUACUUCUAUUUCUUCUCUUAUUAUGGCAAUCCUCUUCUUCUCGUCUUCUUGGUCGUCUUUCGUUAUUAUCAUCUCUUAAAGUAUUUCUUUUGUGUUCUUUACUUUUACUGUCUGACCUACUUCUAUUUCUUCUCUUAUUAUGGUAAUCCUGUUCUUCACGUCUUCUUGGUCGUCUUUCGUCAUUAUCGUCUCUCAAAGUAUUUUUUUUGUGUUCUUUACUUUCACUGUCUGACCUACUUCUAUUUUUUCUCUUAUUAUGGUAAUCCUGUUCUUCCCGUCUUCUUGUCUGUCUUUUAUCAUUAUUGUCUCGAAAAGUUUUUGUUUUAUCUUCUUCACUUUCACUGUCUGAUGAAUGCUGUUUCUUUCUAGUCUCUGUCUCUUCAUCACUGUCACUGCUCACUUUUCCAUUUAAGAUAUCAUUCAAAUCCUCUUCAGAUAAUUUGGCUUUCAACGCGUUAAAUUUGUGCAUUAAAAUUGUAUUAAGCCCAUCAUCUUUGUCUUUUUUGGAUUCUUUUUUAGAUGUUCCCAAUCCCAAAGGAUUGCCUUUGAGGUUUUUAAGUUUGUUUUUAAUUUUUUCAUCCAAAUCGGAAUGCUUUUUUUUCUUUUUCGGUUUGUUCUUUUUGAGAUGCUUUUUAUGCAAUGCUUCCUGGAGUUUUUUGAGCUGGACUGGAUUUUGUAGGAACUGUCUACGAGCUUCUUCUUCACGUUUUUUGAUGGCAACUAAAGGAUCUUCUUGUAGUUUCGUAGAUAAAUCAACCUGGAAAAGAGAACUAUUUGAGAAGAAGUAAAUUUAGCCCCAAAUUUGUUGUACAAACAAACAAAGGGAUUAAGAAAUACUUAGUUUGAUUACAGAAUAAAUGUUCUGAGGGUAAGCAGAGUCUAAUUUUUUGCUCAUAUCGGUUAAAUAGAAAUUGAGAAUUUGCUAUAACCAAUGACAUGCCCAUAAC